GCCCAAAGUGGUUUUCCUUUCGUUUGCCACAGAUCAUUCCGCUUCGAAUUCAUAAACGAUCAAGUCGUGCAUCGCGCACCACCAACGAGUGGAGAUUUUCUAGUAUUUGUUUUGCCUUGUCUCAAAGGCACCGGUGAGACUUUUGGUGCGGGCAUCCUUGAAGUGCGCACAAGUGACAAGUGAAGUCAAGCGAAUAUAAAUGUAUACAUAUAUAUAUAUAAAUCUUUGUACUUAAAUACGCACAUCCACCGGAAAUUAACACAACAAUUAAACGAAUCGAUUUUACAGUUUUAAUUGCCUGUGAAAAUCGUUUAAAUCGUUUUGUGAAGUUUACUGCUGCCAACCAAAAAUUUGGCAAGGACAUCAUUUAAAACUAAUUAUUUAGCAUUUAUUGGAUAUUACAACGGCAGCGCUAUGUUGGGACUUAGGAGCUUAACUUGGAUUUAUAUCGGUGCAAUACUCUUGGCGACGGCGGCCUGCAUUCUGGGACAAGCGCAGCUGGACUAUCGCAAGCCAUGGCCAACGUACAGCCUGCAAAAUAUGCCGCAGACGCGUUUCACAUGCCACGACAAGAUACUCGGCGGCUACUAUGCAGAUGCGGAGACUCAAUGUCAGAUGUUCCAUGUCUGCGUCAAAGUGUCCGGAGUGGGGCUUUUACAGGUGCAGGACUUCCGUUUCUUGUGUCCCAAUGGCACCGCCUUCGAUCAGGAAGCGCAAAUUUGUGCCGAUUGGGGAGAUGUCGACUGUGAGUCAUCCGUGCUCUACUAUGGCAGUGAUAACUUUGAUCUAUAUCGUUUGGGUUCCGGAUUUGAGAGUAAGCGUGCACCGUUAGCCGAAGAAGAGGAAGCAACGUUCCAUUUGCAACGCGCUGAGAGUGGCGAUAUCCGACGCUCUAAAGAGACGCGUGUUGAUCAAAAGUCACGCCCUGAUCAACCGCCAAACUAUUCGAAGCACUUUGGCGCAACACCGCAACGCAACACUUUUCAUAAUUACGCAAAUUCAAAUACGCAAAACAACAAUAACAAUGACAACGAUGAUUAUGAGGCACCGCAAGCACGAAAAAUCGAGACGACACCAGCGCGCCGGCCCAUUGUUAAUUAUUAUACACCAACAACAUCAACUACCACCUCCACAACAACAACUACGACGACCACUGAGCGCAAUUUUGAUGAGUCGAAACAGGAGUACGAUGACAUCUUCAAGGGGUCACAUAGUUCGCACUUCUUUGCGAAUCGCAAUGGUGGACGCGAGGACGAUUUCAUUGAUCACCCGGUGAAGGCGAAAUUCAACGACUUCAAUGACUACAACAAGAAAACUACAGAGGGCGUCACAACCGGCAAAACGCGUGUACAACCAACACGUCCGAAGCGUAUACAACAAACUAGCACAACGAAAACAACAACAACAACUGCAACUUCCACUUCUCUCGCAACAAAUGCGCCGAAGAUCGUAAAGAAGGUGACAUUGCAGACCUACUAUAACGCCAGCGCCUAUGACUUUACGCCGCCGAAGCCUACUGCGACGUCGACCACCACAACAGCUGCUCCGUCUACUACACGCUCAAGUUAUAGCGCCGCAAAUCGUUUCAGCUUCAAUUCGAAUGACUAUCAGACACAAGAGAAAAUCGACCCCACCACUUACAACCCGACCAGCAGCGUUUAUCGCAUCAAAAGCACAACGCCGAAGUAUACCGAGCUGACACGCGAGAAUACCGUUGGAGCGCGAGGAAGAAGCACGAGCGGCAAUUCGUAUCUACCCAAGGAAACGACGCAAAGUCAAAGCAAACCGACCGCUUCGGCGCGAAAGGCGCAAAAACUGGAACGCACACAACAGAAAUUGGCCAUCGCGAAUGAAUUCGAUGACUUUUCGAAAAUCAAAUUACAACCACCGCAACCUUUCCAACCCGCACAGAAUACACAGUCGACGCAGUCAACUCAAUCAACACAGUCUACAAAGUCGUCGCAGGCGUCACAGCCGUCUCAACGUCCAACAACAGCGAAUCAGUAUCAGGAACCGCAGUACUACCGUUCACGUGGCGCCAAAGGUGGUGAUAAGUCACAACGACAGGGAAAUCAAGAGCCAACACCAUUCAGUGGGGCUCAGAAACAGCGUGGUACUACCACAACCGCAGCGGUUAGCACGACAAGAACCACAGUUAAUCCGGAGUCACGUCCACGUGGUUUCGCCAGUCGCGGUAGCAUCAAUUACAAAGCCACCACACAACGCGAGACGGAUUAUUACGCGCCGACGACGAGCACCACUAAGAAAUUCUCGACACUUGUGCCGAAAACACAACAACAACCAACUACAUUCAAGCCGACUACUUAUCAAAAAUCAUUGGAUUCAUUCGUCUAUCAAACACCACAAACUGUGCGUCCCUCAAGUAAGUCGACCAAACAGCCAACUGUUGCAAUCAACACGCUAACUCCAACCACCGCCAAUCCCUACUAUGAUCCCGAUGAGGAUGAUGGCCAAUACCAUCCGGAGUUGUAUGAGGUUGAUUUCCCACGCAAUCGUUUCAAUCUACAACGUUCCUCUACAACAAAGCCGCCCACUACAACAACAACCACCACACGUGCUUCUAAUUACAACAAUGAAUUUCAGAAUCCACAGAAACACUUGAAAACCCAGCAACAAACCGCAUUCCGUAAACAGCAAGAAAAAACGGAGCCAACUGACUUGAGCGAUGAAGAUGAACUCUUCAAUACGGCCCAUUCGUUGAAUUUCGGCGCUGCCAGUAUCAAUAAAUUGCGCGCAGACAUUUUCAAAGCCGAGAAGAACUCGCAGCAGUACAACUCACAAUACAGUCCGAAAUUGGAGGCAUCAUCGACGAGAUCCCCUAGCACAUCAACAGCCUACUCAACAACCACACCCAGCACAACCUACAAUUACUUCGCCUACUCCACAACUCAGCCGACAACCAAGCUGUAUGCCUCCAGCACCACCAGCGUACCGCCAACAACGGCAUCCCCCACAACUACCACGAGACGUCCAACCACCUUCAUUACAACACCAUACAGUGCGCCAGUCUCGACAACCAAGGUCACCAAGGCGCCGAAGACCAGCAAAUCCUCAGCGAAAAAGGGUAAGAAAGGCAAGGGUGCCUCCAAGCGUCCAGCACAUGCUGAUGAGGACACCAGUUACGAUUAUGCCUACUACGACACCGACACACUGAGCGAGUCGCCGCAGGAAUAUCCAGAUUAUGAGAUCGCCGAGUUCGUAAAAACUCGCAGAAACUGAGGCAGUGAGAGCUGAGGGAAUUCACACAAACACCUAUACUUCAUAGGCGCGACUACUCUUCUUACGGGAGAAUACCAGAACUUCCUCUAAAUCAGUAUCGUUCUAGAAGAAAGAAAAGGGGUUGAUAUGACUCCCUACUUCUUCACUGCAAUAAAAUUAGCUCCUCUGAAAGUAUUGUCAAAGCUUGAAGUCGGUGUCCGUGCCAGAGUUUUUAGUGUCACAUUUACUUCAUCCUCCCACUGCCACACUCUCUAUAGCCGCAGCGUGUGUCGUCCGUCCAAUUCAUCAACCCUUUUUUUUUUUUACUUUUUAUACCCCAUC